AUGGUCGACGUGAACCGAGCCGUGCGAGUCCUCGGCUGCAACCUGCUGAAGGGUCUGUUCUCCCGCUGCGGCAGUGGCGAGAACCUGCUGGUGUCGCCGUAUGCCGCCAUGGUGACGCUGUCGCUGCUUACCGCGGGGGCGCAGGAAGACACCGAGCAGGAGCUCGCCGAAGCUCUACAGGUGCGUCUGCCGCUGAUACACGCCGCCAUGCGCCGCACCAUCCUGUUCCCCACAGGUGGCGGUCCCACGGCGGCGCAGGACAAACUGUUCUUCCGCAUGGCCAACAGGGUGCUGGUGGGUUCGGCGCUGUCGCUGAACGACUCCUACUGCAAGAUCGGCAGUCGCGUGUACGGUACGACCGUCGAGGAAGUGGACUUCGCCGACGAUGCCGACGGCGAGCGCCGCAGGGUCAACGAGUGGGCGAGGAACAGCUCGGGCAUCGCCGGAGACCUGCUGGGCGCCGAGUGUACUCUGGCCGCCGACACGGGAAUCGUGCUGCUCAGCGCCGCGGCCGUACGAGCUGCCUCGUGGCAGCAGCCUGUCACUGCCAAGCUGAGCCCGUUCGGCGAGGUGCACGCGGCACUGACGCUGGAAACGCGCGCCGUGUACGGCUACGCUUGGCUGGAGGAACUGUCGCUGCAGGCCGUGGACGUGCCCUUCUCGUGCGAGGCCUUCUCGGCCACCGUGCUACUGCCCACCGGCUCGAAAAGCCUCGAGGACCUCUGUGACAGCCUCACCGCCGAGGUACUCGAGCGCGUGUUCACGGCCGUGCGCAGCGGUCGGCGCGCGGUGCGUCUCGAGCUGCCGGCGAUCAACGCCGAGACGGCCUCGGACUUGAAGCCCGUGCUGCUCGAGAUGGGCGUGCAACAGGCGUUCGAGGACGAGGCCGCCUUCCAGCGCAUAACCUCCUCCUCGCCGGCGCGCGUCUCCUGGGUCCUGCACAGGGCACGGCUCGACAUCCAGGCCAACGAUUCUGAGUCGGCGAUCUCCAUCGUGCCCGGCCAGUUCCAGGCAGGCGGCGGUAGCCCACUCGCGAUGGCCCGCCCCGCAGCCUCGGAAAUUCAGUUCCUGGUGAACAAGCCGUUUGUGCUGUGCGUCCGCAAGAUGGACAUUCUCCUGCUGCUCGCCUGUAUUCAGAGCGUCCGGUGA